UGCUGCGCGUCUGUCUGCAGGAAACGCAUUACACUGCCGGACACCCAGACUGCAGAGUCUGCAGCCAUGAGUCGGCGUCGGGUUUCGGUCAAAGACCUGGGAGCGGUGGACUGCCAGGGCUGGCUGCACCGGAAGAAGGAGAGCCGUAGCUUCCUGGGAAGCAGAUGGAAGAGAUACUGGUUUGUCCUGCAGAGGAGCUCUCUGUACUGGUACAGCGACAAGAUGGCUGAGAAAGCUGAUGGAUUCAUCAACCUGUCAGGCUUUACCAUCGAACAGGCCAAAACCUCCAGGAAGAAAUAUGUCAUAACAGCCAGUCAUCCUAAUGUAGUGACUAUUACUAUUGGUGCUGAGAGCUACAUAGAAAUGAAUAAAUGGAUCAGUAAACUGACAGAAGCAGCUGAACUAAAUGAGGCAAUCAACAGUGAAGAGCGCUACAGUGAGGGGAGUGAUCAGGAUGAAGAAGACUUGUCGUUUUCUUCUCUUGACUCUCAGCUGGAUUCAGUGGCCACUCAAAAUGGAAACCGUCUUCAGCCACCCUGGGAGUCUUUAUCCUGCACCUCACUCCCUACAGUCUCCUCAAUAAUCACUGAAAGCAGAAGUAGAACCAGUUCGGCUGGAAGCUCUUUGAGCAAAAACCGAAGACAAAGACCAGUUUCUGAGGGCAGCGGUCGUCUGUCCUGGCUGGACCUCCCCAAGCAGGAUGAAACCAGCGGAGCACAGACUCCUCCUCUAAUUCAUGUUAGAGAGGAAAAAGAGGAGGGCACAGUCCAGGAAAAAACGCCAGAUGAGAUGGAGAGCCUCUACAACCAUCUGAAAGCAGCCAGCAUCUCUCCAACUGGACAGAAAUUUCAGAGGGACUUCAGAGCCUCAUUUAUCCGGCGAUGUAAGAAUGAAAAAGUCAACGAAAAGGUUCACCUGGUCCGGAUACUCAAAAGCACAUUAAAGGCUAAAGAGUCCGAGCUGCUGGCUUUGGAGCAGAUCCUGAAUGAACCAAAUCUCACAGCGCUCAUGUACAGGGAGUGGAGACUCUCCAACACCAUCCUGCUGCAAGAUAUCCUUCAGCACAACCAGGAAGCAGAGGGUGCCACAAAGCCCAGAUGGGAUAGUGUCUGAGAUUUUAGAGCUGCCCAACACUGCUGUACAGUAACGGUUUCACACUUAUGAAGUCUGAAAGACACUGAAAGACAAAAAUGUCUAAACCCCACCAUCAUCCUGUGAUGAGAGGAAGUUGGUUCCUACUCUGGAUCGAAUAACGAUGCUACAAGUUUACUCGAGGUUAACUUUUAAACGCUUUUCACCUCACUUCU